AUGGAAGAAAAAGAAGUUGAUGCUUUAUGGAAUUAAUUAUUGAAAACUACAGUAGAGAUGUUUGGGUUUGAAUUUAAAUAAGAAUAUUUAUCGAAAUCAUUUAAUCGUUUAUAUUCAGAUUACAAAAUGUUCACUCAGAAGAGAAAUUAUUCACAUUUUGGAUUAUGGCUCUUUGGGUUUUAUGCUUUAAAUUUUCUUCAAAGCUUUUAGGACAAAAAUAUGUAUUUGUUACUAAUAAUACAAGAUCUGACAUCCCAAAAAUCAUAGAAUAAUUGAUAUUUUGUCCCAUAUUGAUAAUGAUAUUAAUUUCAACAAAACCUUUUCUUUACAGAUCUUUUGAAUCAGAAUUGCUCUAUUUUCUAUAAAAUACAAUAGUUAUUAUAGUUGGGAUAAUGUUUCCAAGACCUUAAUAAACAGAAUAUGGAAUAUUUAUUGAGUUUUUUAUCUAUUAAGCAAACUUAGAGAGCCUGCCAUUUAAAAUAAUUUAUAUCAUUGUUAGUCAAUUAAUUCAAAAAGAGAUUAAAUCUUUUAUGGAUUUAGUUGUUUUUAUGAUUUUACUAGCAUUAGCAGUUUAUUAAGAGAUACAUCGCUAUACAUCAUAUAUUUAAGAUUAUGAGUAAGUGGAGAAACAUCGAAAAUAAGAAAAGUAAGAAUAUCUACUUAAAAAAAACAUAGACAAAUAUUAGAAUUCAUUCUUGAAACUCAAAAUUAUGAUGAGAGAGAGAGGAUUUAUCGAAAACUAAAGAAAUAACUAAAAGCUAAAAAUAGUAAGAAGAUAAGUCUGGAUACUGUGUUAGAUUAUAUAUUCUGAAUAUAAAAUAAUUUAUUUAAUCUCAUAAUAAAAUGGAUGUAAGACUACUUAAAUAUGAUAUUUUUUCAUCUCCAUUUGCUCAUAAACCUUCAAAAGGAUAUAUUCCUAAAUUAGCUGACAGAAGUCUGACUUCAUUGUUAAAAUAUAAAAAUGAAACAAUAAAAUAACCAAUCCAUUCAAAAAUAUUUAAACCAUAUGGAGAAGAAUCAGAAAUCAAGACCUAAUAAAUAAUGUAUACAACUUCUAAGUUGUCUUAUUCAAGUUCUGUCAAAAAUAUCAAUAAGUUUCCAGAAGUAUAAUUAGAUCCAAAAGCUGUAAAAUUACUAACAUAAGGAAGACAUUUCUUAAAAAGUGAUUAUCAAACAAAAAGAAAAUUUUAAGAAACAAAAUAUAAUCAACAUCUAAAAAAUCAUUCCUCUGAUUAUUUGAUGUAAAAUAUAUAACUAAAGUUUUGUGAAAAAUCUGUAAAAAAAUAAUUCAAAGCUAAUCUAAUUUUUUUCAAAAAAACUAAAAAUAUCCCAGCUUAAAUAUAAUUAAUUAAAAAAGAAGAGGAAAGGAAAUCAAUGCCUGAAACAAAAAAUGAUUUUUAUGAUUCUCGAUAGAGAAAAAUAAAAAUGCCUAUACCUACAAAAUAAUAACAUACUGAUCAUUCUAUGUUUUCAAGCACCUUUAGAGAUAAUUUUUUGAAAAGCCAAAGAAGCAAUAUUCAUCCAAAACCUGUUAGUUAAGAGAAAUCUACAAGACAGGGACAUAAAAAGACCCAGUCUGUCUAGUAUUUCUUAUUUAAUAAAUAAAAAUAGAACUUAGAGUCAUUUAGAAGAAGGUAACAAGGAAGUACCUCUUUUUGGUAAUAAUUAUCAACCUAAUAAUUGA